UCAACUUGAGCUUAGUAGGAACCACAUCAGUUACCAACGGAAUCAAGGCUUGCUGGUUUGUUGUUUUAAAGCAAAGCUUAAGCAACGCGUGUCUAAAACUCUUGGGCAUUAUAGGGGAAGCCGUGCAGGGAAUCUUGCAUCGCUUGGCUACAUUUACACUAAAUAUAGACCACCAUUAUGUGCUGGGUUUAUGGGCCUCAGGGGAGCACUUGGGAGCAGCAGGAAGAUCAAGAGCAAACUACAGAGUUGGUAGAAAGUCUUGCUGUAGUUGUUCCUGAGUAGUCGUCUUUUCCAGGAAACUGAGCAGUCAAGGCUCACAUUUUUUUGCACAAUGACUCAUUCCUCUCAGGAUGCUGGAUCUCAUGGCAUCCACGAAGAAGGAAAACUCUAUGUUGUGGAUUCCAUAAAUGACUUAAACAAACUCAAUCUCUGUCCGACGGAAUCACAACAUCUAUUCUCUUUAGAGGACAAAAUCCCAAAUGCUGGCACAACCCCAGGAAAUGGAAGGCGGGGUCUGUUUUUUGUGGGGUUGCUCCUGGUGUUGACGGUCAGCCUGGCUCUGGUCUUCUUUGCUAUCUUCCUAAUAAUUCAAACAGGAAACAAGAUGGAGGACGUGUCAAGAAGACUGACAGCUGAGGGAAAGGACAUAGAUGAUCUUAAGAAACUCAACAACAUGAUCGUAAAGCGGCUCAACCAACUGGACUCUGAACAGAACUGAAAGGAUUUCCCCCCAAGAGUGGUCAUGGACACGGGAGCUUCUCGCUUGCUGAAAGUACACUAGGCUAAGGACUGAGAAAGUACGGAGAGUGUCCAUUAUACCUCCUGGUUCAAGGAUGGAAAUAACGCCUAAGCAAGGAGUUUAAAGCUGGCAGCUGAAAAGGGCUGAACUUGAUUGACUAAUUGACUGCUAGCCAGCUGCUUCUGUGUUGGUGGGGUUAGAAUGCUGCGUGGCUAGCACGGAGAAGACAACUUAGCUCUUUACAUGUGACUACUUUUAGAAAACAAGCUUGGUUUAGAAGACUUUCAGUGUUCUAGUGAGCUCUCUGAUACCCCACGUACUUGUACAGAUUCCUGCACAAGCCUAGAGUCCACCGAAUGGUCUGUGUUGAGGUGAACCAGGUAGUGUACAUUCUUUUCGGGUGAUAGAUACACUUUGAAAACAGCUUCUGAGUGCUGUUCAGUGAUCGCUGGAGAAAACACUGGUAGCAUGAUGUACGUGUGGUGAAGCUGAGGGACAAGAGAGAAUGCCUGCUCUAUUCUACUACUGUUUCCUGAACUCCUGACUUGUGAAAAUCAUCUGACUCUAGAGACCUACCAUACACAUAUGGAAAGAGGGAAUUAUGUCUAUUUAUAUAUAAUUUAUGAGCCCUGAUAGCUUCGUCAUGCAAAACAAAACACCAAAAAAAAAAAAAAAAAGAAAGAAAGAAAAAAAAAAGAAAAAAAAAACCUUGGAAUCCUUCUUAUGGCUCUGGAAGAAACUGGUUAGGUUUGUGUGGUCUUUGCUAAAUUAGAGUAGAAAAUUGUGUAUUUGGAAGCUUUCUUGUUUUAGUAAGAAUAAGGUAUGCUGUAUAUGACAAAAUUGAGGCAAAAUAAAUGAGUUUAAAAG